AUUUCUUUCACUAUGUGGGUUGCUGGGUGGUAUGCUGUAUAAUAUUUGGAAAGCUGUGUGAUUCUCAGAUGGACGUUUGCUGCUUAUUUUUUCCCACGUAGUAAAGAGCUGCCCGCUAAACCUGAAAAUUAUUCAUUUUGCUUAUCGGUUUUCCACGAGGUUGUAGCAACAGUAAAUACACCUUGUUGUGGGAGUGGCCACUGUUGCGAUCACGUGGCUCCUUGAAGGGCAUUGCCACCUGCUUGUCAAAAGGUGUGUUUUGCAAGGACUUCCUGUGUUUGCGGCUUCUAAGUUACGGUUUAUUUUCCCUUGAAGAUGGCUGAUGUGAGUCAGGAGGAAAAAUUUUCUCUAAAAGAAGUGCUGGUGACUUUUCGUGCAUGCCUUACUGAGGCACAAGAGGUUCUAGUAGAUGAGUACGUCAACGGGUGGAAAGGACUUGUUAGGUUUAUGAGCUCCUUGGGUACAGUUUUUUCAUUCAUCUCAAAAGAUGCUGUCAACAAAAUUCAGAUAAUGGAAAACUAUCGCAAAAGUGAAAACGGUGAGAAAUAUCUAUCACUGCAGUCGAUGGUGCAGUACGAGUUAGACAACGAUCUUGUGGAUCUGACCAAACGAGCCAAGUAUUCAGAGUCUGGCUGCCGUACAAUCCUGCGCCUCCAUCGAGCCCUUCGCUGGCUACAUCUCUUUCUGGAAAAGCUUAGGACUAGUACAGAGGAUUCCAAGACAUCUGUCCUAUGCUCAGAUGCUUAUAAUGACUCCCUUGCUAAUUACCACUCUUGGCCGAUUCGCAAAACUGCAACUGUUGCCUUUUAUGCCUUGCCCACUCGAGCAACCUUUUUUGAGGUCAUGAAUGUGGGAACUGCAGAUGAAGUUGUAGCAAUGCUGGGUGAGGCUAUGCCACUUGUUGCAAAGGUCUAUGACAUUACACAGGAACUGUAUGCCCAGCACAAUUUGCUUGAUUUACCAUGAAGAUGGAGAAAUAUUUUAAGAGCUGUGUACUACACGCUUUUUAAAAAUUUAUUGCUACACUGAAUUUGCCAUAGUAAAUUUCUGUUUAUCAACAAUACUGAAGAUAUUUUCUGACACAUCAAUGUCUUUUUGCCAGUGUAUAAGUAGGUUAACCACUUACUGGUUUACAAAGAAAUGAAAGUUAAGGGGAUACUUUAUUAUUUUUGUAAAUGGGUAAUACCUACAAGACACGCAAAAGAUUUUAACUAAAUUGCAUGACUAAUGAUUUACUGAGUGCAGCAUUAUUUUUAAGUGUAAUAUUUGGAAAUUACACCUGGGAGUUUUGAACAUUGCUUUAAUUUCAUGUCAUUACCACUUCUUCUAUGAUUGUAUUAGUGUAUAACUGAGAAAGAUGUUUCUUUCUUUGGAGAUUUGUGUCUGUUUUCUAUCAUGUAGUAACCUGUCUGGAAACUAGAUGUGUUUUGCUUUAUGUAAAAGAUUUCUUUCAAUUUAUAAUCACAGAAGUUACAAGGCAGCUUGCCCAUGAGGCCAUUUCUGACCUGCCACUACCCACCCUUUGACCUUGCCUCUCAUUUCUAGGAGAGCCAGGCCAGUCAUAUGAAGUGGGCAUUUUUUAAUACUCAUCCAGUUGUAGAGCAGAUGCAUUUACUGUUUGUAAAUGCACUCUGGGUGAGGAGUUAACUCAAAGUCCAAGCUGCCAGAGUUGAUGGUAGCUGAAGUGGGUCUCAAAAGACUACAUGGUAUUUAGAUAAGACUAGGGGGAACCUCCAUUACAUAUUGGCCAGAUUACCCCUUGUUAAUGUAAAUGUUGUCUUCCUUUGAAAAGAUGCCAAGAAGUCUAGUGAGAGUAACUAGGUCAACAAACUAAAUGAAUAAAUUUAGUUGUCAGGAAGGUCAUUUUGUUGAUUCUGUAGUCUCUAUGGUCUUAGACUUUCAGUGCAACAUAUAAUACUUUGUGAAUGUGUUAUGUUCUGGAGGACCCCCCGCUAGUUUGCACUGAAACUUUUACUUUUGUUUAUUCUUUUGGUUGUCGCCAAAACCAUCAAUUUGUACAUUCCAUCUUCUGAUGCAGUUGUUGUAUUUAUUAAUGUUUCCACUUUGGUCUGAUCCACAACGUGGCUGCUUUGAUGUUUCUAAACAAAAUGUAAGGCUUUGGGAUUUCUGUGGCAUUUUGUCCAGUAGCUAAGAAAUCAUGAAUGAAUUACAGUAAAUAUAUUCAAUGUUAUAUGUUGAAUUUUAGGUGAUAAAAAACAAAGAAACCUUUUUAUUUUGCUUACCUUGGAAUACUAUGCAUUGUUCAUUGAUAAUGGACAUUGCUAAUAAAUGCAGUCUGCAUUUUAAGCAGAGGAUUGAAACUUAGAAUCAUAGUUCAAUGUUCAGAACUUUUUCGUAGAUCAUCUCAGACCCUCUUGCAGUAGCAUAUAAGCAUAAUUUGCAUUUAAUAAUAUCAGUAGUGCCACUGUAGAAUAGGCAUUUGAGAAAGACCUUGAUUAAUACUGACAUUUUAAUUUUACACUUUUGGAUUCUGGUGUCUGACGUAAUGGUAGAAGUGAAGAUCCAUUCGGUACUGCCAGUAUUAUUUUAGCACUGAUAAUACCUUACAAAAUCAAACUAUCCAGUUAAGUAACUACACGCUUGCACCUGCCUAAUAUUGUGAUGUCUUUCAAUGAAUGUGGUAAUAUAUCUGAGCAUUUGCAAGAGAUCUGUUUGGACCUACUUCCUAGUAAGAUAUUCAGCGCUAUGUAGACUGCGUUUGCUGGUAAUACUCAUAUUUUUAGUUGAUGCUCACAACUGUUUUUUAAAGUAUGAAGCAAAAUGUUUCUGUAAUGUUUCUUGUCACUUAAUAACAGUGUACACACAUGCCAACAUCAAAAAAUGUGUUAGGUCACCAUUUUCUGUUUCCUGUUUAGUACAUAGUGUACUGCUCUCCCAAAUUAAGUAUAUGACCAACAUGACAAGGGAGUGUUAAAAUCCAGUAGAACAUUUGUGUCUAUAUGCAUCAGUAAUGCUUACUUUAUUUUCCAUAAUCAGAAAACUUGAAACUGUGUCACUCUAAGACACACAUCUCUUUUUAGUAUUAAGUGUGGAAGGUGUUGUAAUUUUUAUUUUUUAUGAAAUCAGUGGAAAUAGAUGCAGGGGGUUCUUUGAUCAGUAAUUUUGUCAUUUGAGGAUGUAUUAUACAGUACGGUUUCCAAGUCUGUCUGUAUGUGGUUGCUGUAGUGAUGCAUCAUAUAUCAUGUAUAUGACUGUUUUAUCACAGACCAAAAUGUUUGGCCAUCACAGCAGUGCAGAUUACACUGAUAUACAAAGGUGUUCAACAAAAGAAUGCUGAUAACAGGUUAAGUCUGGAGAAGGAACAACUGGCAAUAUUGUGCUUUCAUCCUACAACCUACGCACUGUGCAUGGUAUGCUGUUUGCUUUAUAAAGUAGUCAGUGUUGUGUCUUGUGCAGGUGUAUUUGUAAUGUCAUUAGUAAGAGUUUCAAACAACACCACUGUUACCUGUAAGUUAGUACCAACAUUGGUACCUGGAAAAAUUUCAUCUGACCACGUCUUUUAAUUCUUUAUUCAUUGACAAUACCAUGAAAUAAAGUUCCCGUAUUUAAUGCCGUACCGUGAUCAGUUUCAGCAUUGUGUCCUGAUUUGAUUUAUGAAUGUCACUGAAGACAGCAAGGAAAGACCGUUUCAGCUACAAAACUCAUUUGUCCUUUUGUUAAAGGGAAUACAAGCUGUUGUGGAAAGGCCUUGGGCACCUUGGUGGAGCACGUUCAGAAGUAUUAACCUUUUCAGUACGACCUGCAACUCCCUUUCUCCCUUUGUAAUGUAGGUGUGUUCAUAACAGUGAGCCAGUUUUUCUGCUUUUCAUGCAAUCAGAUGGCUGCAUAGGGUCUUGCUUUUUUAUGGGAACAGAUUUAGUAUCUUGACAACACCCUCUGUUUGCUGCUUCAUUUUUUUGUUUGUGGUGUUUCAUCGAGUUGAACCUGUUUGUGUUGUAAUAACAAAACAGUUACCACAUGCAGCUGAAUGAAAAAUGAUUAUGUCCUCUACAACGUGAAAAAUGAAUGUAAAAUUUGUAGAGAUGAAAAUCUGUUUUUAUAAUCUUUUAAACUACAGAAUCUCUCUGACACAAAUUGUGUAUUUUAGUUCAUGUUGUACAUACUUGUGUAUUUUAGUUAUUGUUGUACAUAUUUUAACACACAUUAAAUAUGUCAUAAAAUAUUUUACUAUUUA